AUGGAAGCGAAGCUGCAAUUGCUGAAGGUCACGGAGCUGAAGGAGCUUCUACAGGCGGCAGAACUGCCUGUGUCCGGCAACAAAGCUGAUCUGAUCAAGCGCCUGUUAGAGAACCCGGAAGCGACCAAGUCUUUGCAAUCCGAAUCGUCUGUUGCAGAGGCGCCCAAGGAGGCCGAGGUGACUCAGAGUGCUGCUGCGGAUGGUGCAUCGGAGGAGGCCAAAGCUACCUCUACAGAUCCGGUAGCAUCUAGCGCUCCAGCUGCGAGUGAGUCCGCUACGGAGCCGGCGAAGACGUCAACCCCCUCGGAGGACGACCGUAAGGAGUCCCUGCUGGCCGAGCUUGAAAAGCGCAAGGCGCGUGCCAUUCGAUUCGGUCAGCCAUACGAAGAUUUGGAGAAGCAGAUCUCUCGCAUUCGCAAGUUUGGCUUGGAAGGCCAGGAAGGUGAUGGCGUGGACCGCCUCGAUAGUGAGCUAAAGAAAGGUAAGCGUCCGAACAAAAAGUCCAAGGAGAACAAGGGAAGCAAGGACAAGGCAGUGGCUACGCAGGAAGCGGCACCGGAGCCAGAAGUCGAUACGGAAGAAUUGGAGCGAAGAAAGCGUCGUGCUGAGCGAUUCGGUCUUGUUCCCUCGGAUAACGCGGAGAAGAAGGCACGGGUUGAGUAA